GAAGCGCCCACCACCUCAAACAAGUCCUGGGGCAGGCGUAACGGGGAUAACACGUACCUCGAAGGUGGAUAUGGCUUUCUCUUCUUUUGCAUCACCUCAGCGCCGGAAGGGCGCCUCUCAGAGGAGGGGGGCUACUGCGCAAGCGCAAGCCACUGAUGCGCAUGCGCCCCUCAUUCCCGCUCAGCCGUGGGAGCAAGCGCCUGCCUGGGUCACGUGGCGGUCACGUGGCGAUCACUGUGGGAGCUAAACGACACCCCUAGGUGAUCCGUGCCCAGGAGCUGAGCGGCUGGAGCCCACAGAUGCCCUCCCUGCGCUCUCGUUUCCCCGUGGAGCUGGGCUCUGUUAGGGAUCCAGAAACCCAGGUGGGACGACUGCAUCGCCUGGCGAUGGCCAGGGGCCCAGGCUGGGGCCUCACGCGGCUCCUGCGGAGAGUUGUCCAGGUGGAUGGUGAGAACUCUGCUGGGCAGACGGGGCUCUUCCUCUCGGCACUGCUGGGCCACAGCUCUGCCGUGCAGCUCUUGCUGACCUUUGGCGCCAACCCCAACCACCGCUGCCUCGAUGGCAGCACACCUGUGCACGCAGGCGCCUUCUCGGGCCGCAGUCUGGUGAUGCUGCACCUGCUCCAGGCGGGGGGUGACCUGCGUUUGCAUGACCAGCAGGGUCGCACGCCUCGGGACUGGGCAGAGCAGGGUGGUGCCAAGCAGAGCUGGGAGGUGCUGGAGCUGUUAGAGCUAUGCCGAGCCCACAUAUCGGCACUAGCGCAUGGCGGUGAGUUGGCAGCCAAUGCAUCCCUGGGCCAGUUGCAGGCCAGCUCUAGACACAGCCCGUGUGGCUCUCUGUCCUUGCCGCGGCUGGUGCAUGCGGACAGGGCACCGAGGCCAGAGCACAGCAGAAGACCCUCCCAAAUCCCAGCCUUGGGGUUUGGCCAGCUGAGCAGCCUGUGGCCACUGGGGCUGGUAACAGGCAUACCCCUCGCGGACCCCAAGGAGCUGCUGCCAGCCCAGGGCGAGCCCGACCGCACCUACGAGAGCAGCUCCCACACCCUCAUGGCCAACCUCCUGUGGAAGGGCCACCCCGUGACAGCUCGGCAGCUGAAGGCACCUGGAACUCAGCCAGAUGUGCUGUUGGCUGACCUUCAGCACUGCAGAGAGGUGGCUGGGCGUAGAGAGGGGUACCCCGGAUGCAGUAUGAACUGGAUGCUGGCCCUGUGA